AAAAGUUAGAGCUUGAACUUGGAAACAAACCCAAAUAGCAGCUGUCUAUUGGACGACGACCUGUUUUUGUUUAGCGGUAGAUAAAGUGACACUAGCUACUUCCCAUUUCAGAAGUUUUUUCUCUCACCAAGAAAUUUGUUUCGAUGUACAAGAAUUCAUUUUCUUAUUAUUCUGUUGUCGUAUAAUUGCUCAUUCCUUGUUAUUGUUUUGAACGGCAAGCGCGAGGCUGAUCUUGAUCUAUCAGAGGCAACAAAACCUCCUGCAACACCAUGCCGGGCACCAAUUACGGCAUGAAUCCCGCCCGUUCUCGGGGCUACAACACCUACGCCAGCAACCGCAAUGGCCGCUACAUCGAACAGGACACGGCUACGACCCAGCAAAACAAUGCUCCGACCCAGCGGACCACUGCGUAUAAUAGCAGUCGCCGCAACUCGUUUCACGAAAACGAGACUUACGAGAAGGAACGCACGAAGUCCGUGGAGGUGGAUCUGAAAAAGCGGACGGAUAACAGUUACAGCAAGAUCGAGCUGAAGGGCAACGGAAAUUAUCGGAAGCGAGACAAUUACGAGGAGGAGAACGCGUCCUCUAUGCAAAACGUGGUGCUGAAACCGAACUACUCGUCGGCUUAUAAGGUACUUAAAGAAGAACUAGAGUGCAAUUAUCACUAGAAGUGAAUGCAUCUUCAAAAGUUUCGUGCUCGGCCAGUGCAUUUUCGCAAAUGUUGAAAUUUUUGAAUCAGGAAUGCCAUAGCAUUUUCGGCAUCAGAAUAAAUUGAAAUUGGCAAUGGAUACAAGAACGCAAAUGACGACAGCAACGCUCGAACUACGAAGAUGACUAUGGAAGUCAGAAAUACGCGGCGGUGGAUGACGACUCUGAAAUGCGGUAUGGGAACAGAGGUAUAUCAGACGGUGAGUCUAGCAUUACAGAAUCUUCGUCUGUGUUGCAGGACGAGGUGGGACGUCGAAGCAUGUUUCUUCAUCUGCUAGCAGCACUGUGGAUGUGAAAUUGUAUAAGAAGUUUUUGCAACAGCAAAAAAGCCUUACGCAUUCAUUGAAAAUUGCCUGCACCACAGAUGCCAACGCCGGCGUGACUUUGAAGUCCCGGCGCCAAGCGGAGGAGAUGAAGCACACAACGACCGGCGACCGGUCGUCUCGCGACGGAGCCAUCAUCUCCCAACGCACGGGCAACAACCUGAACCAGCGUGGCCGCGGGAACUUCCAACGGUCGGAUGAGGUUGGGAUCGGCGGACGCGGCACUGGAAAUCGCACCUUUGAAAUCGACGACGAAUUAGACUACGGGCAGGAAAAUCAAGAUCUCCAAAUCAAGCCGCGUACCCUAGCCGAGGUUAACAACGAGAUGAACGCCAAUGUCCACCAUACCGAUGACCCCUUCGACCGCCCCUUCGAGCCGCGCCAAGAUAAUUACCCGGGAGCGGGACAAGGAGGUUCCGAUGACGAAGAGGGAAGUACUGGCGGUGGAGGACACUAUAUCACAAGAAAAAAGUGUUACAGUUACAUAUUUGUAGUCUAUUCAGCAACACAAAUUUUUCUGCAUGGGGGAGAAAACUUGUAAUGCAGAAAUCCUACGGGAAAACAAGACGAGGCUCCUAGUAUGCAUAUCCGGCAUGACAGAGCUUGUCUGUCUUGCUUGGCCUGCAGCACAAUACGUAACUGUGACACUUUUUUUCUUGCGAUACGCUACGCGAAAGUUUCCCUGCAACCCGCCCCGCGACUCCGGACGGGGGGCUUGCGCCCGGUGCCGCGACAGAUCCAAGUUCCGGCAGAGCUGUUGGAAGAGAAAAAAGCGGAGGAUAAUGAUAUCAUGGUGGAGGAGGAUUUCAGAGAUCAAAACGCUUCGUCCCCAGCGGAAGAACAAGAAGGAGUUCUUGGGCAACUACAGGAUCAUGGUGGAAUUAAUGCUGAGCAAGAUGAAGAACUCCCCCGGCUGCGCGACCUCAUUGUGCCGCAGGACCAAGAGCAAGAGCCGCAGCAUUCGCCCGUGACCGACCAUCGUGACGAGAACAAGGCCCAGCGCCGGGAAAAUCGACGCAAACGCCGGGAGGAACGCAAAGGUCGUGAACAGGAAAAAGGAGGAGAUCACGACCAGUGGGACAGCAGUCCCCCGCCCGCUCCGGAGUCGGCGUUCAGGCAGAACAAUGAUCAGGAUUUUAUUGUUGAGCAAGAUGCUCCUCAUGAGUACGGUGGCCAACGAGCGUACCAGGGCUACGACCGAGUCGAUCAUGCAGCUCAAGACAAAGAGCUUCUGAAGGAGGCUGCCGCCCAGCUCGCGGACGGAGAUAUUAACGACGGCGACCAAGAAGAUGCGGCGAUCUGCAGGGAGCUGCUGGAAACGGUCGAUGAAAAAAAUCCGAACGAUGCGUCGACGAAAAACUACCAGCAGCGGAAAAACGACAAAAACCGAUCGCCCAGCCGGUCCGGGGACCGCGGAAGAGCGGGUGGUCGGGAUCAUGAGGACUACGGACCGCGCGGCCGGCGUGAGGGCGAGCGUGGCACCCGGAAUGAGCGUGAUCGUGAAGGACCAGAUGGUCAUCAGCACCGUCGUCGGGGACGAGACUCGCGAAACAAAACCAGACGCGGGCGUGACGAGCACCAGCGAGGUCGUAGCUUCGAGGUUGAAGUUGAAGAAGAGAAAGACAAUAAAGACGAUGAGGCCAUCGCCCGACCCCGAGAUGCCACUAGAAACCGGGACGAUCGGCGGAACGCGUCCGGCGGAGGUGGAGGACGGCGCGCCGGGGGCAGGUACUACGAAAGAGGUGUCCGGGAGGAGGUUGAAGAAGAAAAUAAUCAAGAUCGUCGGCGUCGAAAAGACGAGGAUGAAGAAAUUCAUCCCCGUCGUGGGCGUGAUCAAGUGACGCAGCGUCGCCAAUCGGUGGCGCAAUAUGAAGUGGUCGAAGAGGUGAAGCAAGAAGAUGUCGCCCGUGGUCGACGUGCUGAAAACAAGCGUGGUCGGUACGACGAUCGGGAAGAAGAGGUAAACCGUCGCGGAAAUAACGAGCGCCGAGAUAAACGGGACCAGGAAGUUGUGGAGCAAGACGGCACAACUGGCCGAGAAGUAGAGCCUGCUGGUGAAGAACGCCGUCGUCGGGGUGGUACUAGAGACGACAGUCGCGGCCGGCGUGAACGCCGUGGUGAACAACACACGACAGCUGGUGAGCUGCAGCAAGCAGAGGACAAUCUGCGUGUUGCUGAAACGAGCAAAGACGAGCGCGGCUACCGAGGCCGGGAUCGGGAUCGCCGCAGCAGCCAAGAAGAACAGCACCAGCGGGAAGACAUCGAGGAUAAUGCAGACAAUUACAAGCGUCGUGGCGGGGGGUCAGACCGUGGAACUGGACGGAAAAAUGAGCGGUACAAUAAACGGGGCGAUCGUGUUGAAUCCACCGCUAAGGAGGAAGAGCCAGACGUCGGUUAUCGUCGCGGGCAGCAUGAGGAACAACGGGACAAAAAGCAACAUCAGUACGAGGUUGAAGAGGAUGAAGACCGUCGUGGUCGUCGGGGUAAAAAGGACAAGGAGAACGAAGAUCGCGAACCCCGUGGUCGUGGGCGGGAAGGACUAGACAAGAGUCCGCAAAAAGAAGAUGAAGAUCAGCCGCGGGGCCGCAGUCGUGAUCGCGCUCGUGAUCAUGUUGAGCAACAUCAAGAGCAGGAAGUAGGCACGAGAGGUCGGCAAGAGAGUCGUGGACGUCGGCGCAAUAAGACUCGCGAAGACGAACAACAGACCCGUGCUGGUACUACUACUCGAAAGGAGGAACACGACGAUCGUGAGGAUGGGCGUGGACGACCCCGCAGAAACGCGUCCUCUACCCAUCGCCGCGAGGUGGACGUUGUAGAGGAGCGCGGUGCCCGUGGUCACCGGCGGACGAGAGACGAUGAUCAUCACGAAGUUGUAGAGAAGCAGAACGACCGCUCUCUUUCGGGAGGACGAGGCCGUCGAGGUGCAGCAAACACGUCUAUGACUGUGCACAACUCCCACUCCCCCUCAUUUGUGAUGCAAGUUACCAAAUCCACUCCUCUCCAUGCCUUGAACACACCGUUUGCAUCACAAGCUCUGGUCGUCCAAAGAGCACUAUACUCUUCUGCAGAUUUGUCAUGCAAAACCUGCACUCUUGCUGACGCUUGUAUUGCUGUUCACGCCAUACAAAUGAGGCGGAGGGGGAGUUGUGCACAGUCAUAACGUCGCGUGAUGCUGCAGAGAAAACAAAAACUCGUCAUGGCCGAGAGCUGCAAGAGGAGGAGGAAGUUGGCGUGAACCGCAAGAAUCGUCGCGCUUCGGUCGUGGAACUCGAGGCUGAUGGUGGUCACAGGCGUGGUCGCCGUGAAACGCUCGCUGCUCCUCGAGAAGUGGCAGACGAGGAGAAGGAACUUCUGGAUCGGCCCCGCGAUAAAGGGCGCGGCAAAGACGAAGAACAUCAUGGUGGCACACGACGCGGGCGGAAUAAAGAAGACAACUCUCGUGGCCGCGGGGCCGCGCAUGUUCAAGAGCGCGAAGGGGAAAAAAACGACUAUCGCCAGGGCCGCGACCGGGAACAGUUGCGCCAGCGCCAUGACACACUCGCCGUUGCUCCUUCCCGCCGCGGGCAGCAAACUGCAGGAGCGAAAAAGUACGAAAUCGAAGAGGAUGAACGCAGCCGCAGCAGAGAACGGCGUGGACGUGACCGUGACCGUGACCAGAACCGUGGGUCGCCGCGAGAAGAACAAGAAGAGGAAGGUGGAGCGCGACGAACCGCCCGUGAGCGUGAUAAUGGUGCCGAGGCCAAACAAGCGAACGACGGGAAUACGAAUAGUGGUCGCAAGCAGGUACAAGUACGGGAACAGCGAGACGAGGAUGUUUUGUCCUCUUCCGUCGAAGAGCAAGAAGUUCCGGAGCAACAUAUCAAAGUGAAAAAUGCCACCACCUCCGAAUUUGGGAGCAUUUGUAUUGCAAACCUUUCCAAAUGAAACACUCGCCCUCUUGCAUCUAUCAGCAUCACAGAUUUUCAAGCGGGAAUAGCAAAAAUUUGCAUUGCAAAAGACCCCAGCAAGAGUGGCGCUUGUCAUGCAAGCGAUGGGAUACACGCCUAGACUCUGCAUCAGAAAGAUGCAUACUUCUUGCAUGCAUGACAAAAAGUUUUCAUUUGGCAACCUCCCAUCACAAAUUUUUGCGACUUUGGGUGUGGGGGGCAUAAUUUUUCACUGCAAUACAACAGCCUGGAUCCUCCAGUCGCCGUCACGCGGAGAAACAGAACAGUAAAUCUGUGCGGGCGGUGGAGGACGAAGACGAGGUUCGUCGAAAGGAGCAGGUGGAUAAAGCUCAGGAAAAGGAAAAGUCCGAUAUGAGAGUGCACAACUCGUCCCCCUGCUCCCCCUCAUUUGUCAUGCAAAAUACGUACUUAAAUCCACCCUUUGCCUCUUGGCACCUUUCAUCUGGUAGAUCAAACAGCACUACAAUGACAGGUUCAUCUGGUAGAUCAAACAUGACAGGUUCAUCUGGUAGAUCAAACAGCACUACAAUCUACUCGGGUGAAUUUGUCAUGCAAAACCCGCAUUCUUUCCGACGCUUGUGUUGCUGCUCAUGCAAUACAAAUGAGGGGAAGGGGGAGUGGUGCACUUUCAUAUCCGACUCCCCCGGAGCAGGCGUCCACCUCCGUCGUAACAAGGCGGCUUCCUCGAAGGAGCACGCGACUAAGGCUGACAAGAAACUAGCUAUCCUGUGCAAAAGUAUCGCACUCGUAUAAAUGCAAGUCUUGCAUUACAAAUCUUGUUCCCAAAGCAAAUCUGCAUUACAAAUUUUAUUUCUCAUGCUGAGGAAAUUUGUAAUGCAUUUGCUGUAAAUGCAUUACAAAUUUCAAGAGUGCGCCACUUUUGCAAAUCAUACUAGCCCGCAAGAAACAGCAGGAUCAGAAAAAAAAGGAGGCGAAAGAGCGGGGGAAUAUUAAACACAAGACUUCUACGCAGAAGAAGAAAAAGCAGCCGGUGAAGCAGCAGCAGAAAGUGGAAUCGACAAGCUCGAGCGAUUCCGAUGAUUCCUCGUCGUCUAGCGAUUCCGAUGAUUCCGAAUCCGAGAAGCAGCGAAAAGCGGCCUUGAAAACGGCUAGCAAGGACCAAAACAUCAAUUCUGGAACCGCCUCCGCGUCGGCUUGCUCCUCGGCGAUGAAUGCUGCGGGUACCAGCAAUACGGAUGAUUUGAAGAAGCGGAAAGCAGAGUUGCUUCGCGACAAACUCGGGGAUCGGAAAAAAUUGAAAAAGAAUCUUCAGGAGGAAAGCGCCGAGGGGGAGGUGAAUAAAAGAGAAAAUGUCCUCGAAGGCAGUGCUGGCACGACCAUGGAUGUUGGCGCACCGGGAGGUAACAAUCAUAUGGACACAACUAACCUGUCUACCACCCGCACUACGCCGACCAACGCGAAGCACCAACAGCUGACCGAGCAGCAGGCCGCAAAGGAAAAAAGUAGUGCGCAACAGCAACAAAAGCAACAGCAGGGUACUGGUGGUGGCGGUGUUCAACACCAGCAACAGCAGAAAUCUACUAUGCACUGCAAAAGCAUCGUACGUUGUAAUAACUGUAUUCCAAAUUAGUUCAGCGUGACAAACGGAAUUUGUCAUGUAGUUUUACCUUAGGAUGGAGAUUUGUAAUGCAUGACUGCGAGGAUUACUACGAGCGCGAUACUUUUGCACUGCAUAUCUACCUCCGGUCCGCCCCCGGCUGCGCAGGUGUCCCUGGAGCCGGGGCAGAUCUACAAUUUGUCCAAUAUCAGCCUGCACAUCAACGUGAUAUCCUGUGCAAAAAUAUCGUACUCGUAUAAAUGCAUUACAAGUUUCCUCAGCAAGAAAAAUAAGAUUUGUGAUGCGGAUUUACCUCAGGAAAGAAAUUUGUAAUGCAUGAUGCAAUACGAGUGCGAUACUUUUGCACAUGAUACGUGAAAGGGUUUAACCAGUGGUACGGGGACAAUUCCUUACUCGAGAUUCCCUUUAUAUGGAAGCGUCAGGAUUGAAAUCGUCAAAGUUGAAAUAGUUUGAUGCAUAAAAUGCUAGACGCAAUGGGCCUGUCUUGCAGAGCAGGCAACUGAGGCCGAUUGUAAGCCUGUUUGGGGUGUGAGAUAGCGCUGCUAAAACAGCAUGACAAAAGCAGUCUUCUCUGUCCAAACAGCAUGACAAAUCGGAUUUCCAUGCUGUCAAAAUUUGUCAUGCGUCACUUGCAAACUGGGCUCCAGCUGGUAUCGCUUUAUUGCAUUACAGAUUCUUUCAACUUUGACGAUUUCGAUCCUGACACUCCCAUACUUGAAAAAGAUCGAGGAAGCCCGUAACAACAUCAUCACGAUUUUCGAAAAGCCACGGCACAUCGUGGAACACGAAAAAAUAUCCCGUGCAAAAGUAUCGUACUCGUAUUGCAAUCAUGCAUUACAAAUCUUUUCCCUAAGGUAAAUCAGCAUUACAAAUUUUAUUUCUCAUGCUGAGGAAAUUUGUAUAUCCAUUUAUACGAGUGCGAUACUUUCGCACUGCAUGAAAAAUCGUGGACUUACAGCGGGCGGCCAUGAAGAAGGUACAGGAGGAGAAGAUGCUGCAGGAUAGAAAUACUAAGCGUAAUUCGACAUCCGUAGGAGACCACCCAGGGCAAGAAGCUGUGGACAACAGCACGCCGGCGAGCGGGCAGCAGCAGCCUCUGCAAGACGAGCAGGGGCAAGUUAUUUCUCCGGAAAAUCAGAAGGUAGGCGGCGAUGGAGACAAAAAAGAAGACGACUCCUCGUCGUCCAGCAGCGAUGACAGCUCUGACGACGAUGACGAGGGCGAGGAGCAGGAUGCUGAAAAAGAAAACAAGCCGGCGAACAAAAAUAAUCCUGCUGCUUCGGCGGAGCUCGGACCGGCAAAAAACGACAACAAAACCAUUGCUCAGGAAGAAGACGCCGCCGCAGCGGUUCUUGCUCCCGAAAAAGGAGAACCUCAACCAGAGCACCAGCAACCGUCCGGUCGUGGCCGACGCAGCCCCGACAGCAAACAACUCGGGAACAGCCGUCGGGGUGGUCGAGAAGAGAACAAAGGAGGUCGCGAGGAGAAUAACAAGAAGCACAGUGGAGAAAAUAAGCCAGCUGCUCGUGGCGACAGCCGCGGAAAUAGAGGUGCGACGUCGAAGAAGAAGCCCUCAGCUGCACCCGUCGAGGAAAAUAAAGGCGAGACUACCCGGCGCGGCAGGAACAAGUCGGCCUCCGGGCGGCGGCGCGGGAAGGAACGAGAGGAAGAUAAAGAGGGCGCGGCAGCUGGUGGUUACCAGAAUACUGGACGAGGACGCGACGGUCCUACAAACAAACGGUCUCGGUCCAAGAAUAAACCUGCUUCGCAAUCUCCGGAAGGAGACCACAAAGACCGGGCCCGCGGCGGCAUGACGACGCGGAAUGGCGGACGCAAUCAUGCCACGACCCGCAAUGGGGGGUUGACAACAAGAAACAACAACCGGAGUGGCAGUGUUGCGAAAUACGAAAUCGAGGAAGAGGAAGAAGACCGCGCCAAAGACGAGCAUGGUAAUAAAAAACGUAAGAUUGAGAUCAAACGCCGCGAGGACAAGCAUGACAAAGAUAAGGAUUUUUAUCAUGACGGUCAUCGUCCACGAAAGGACAAUGCCAGUCCUGUUCCGGGAGAAACUUCGGAGGAGCGCAACAAGCGUGAGUACCAGGCUAUGUACAACAGCAAACCGUAUGGAGCGGUUCUCAAACGUUUUACAUUGUUUGCGUGUUAGAUGUGUGGUUUUUCACGCGAUGAAAUUCCAAUUACGAUUACCAUCAGCAUCCAUCCGUUCGAUCAAGCUACUUCGCACAACAAGUUGUUCUCGAUGCAGCGCUUAACUACAGCGGGGAAAUAUUAAUCCGUUCCAAAUUUGUAAUGCAAAAGGUGCAAUUUACCCGUCCCGUACCCCGCCCUUUCAGUUUUGGUUUUCCUACAUCAUAAAUUCAUGUGACAGCUGACAAUGUGAAGACGCUUGAGAAUUCCAUAAACCGCCGGAGGCCCGCAUGAGCGACCGGUACGUAAAUGACGAAACGGUGGAAAUGCUUCGGAAAAAGCAGGAGGAGGAGCAACAAAAACGCGCAGCACAGUUACGCCGGCGGAGCAGCCACGGAAGUGGAGAGCAGGAAGCGAGCCGCGGCCCCUUUGGAGGAGGUGGUACAAGUAGAGGGGGUUAUGGCCGGGACCAUGAGUAUGGUGGAAAUAGAGAACACGAGCGGAAGGACGACCACUACGAGCGGGAUGAAGAAAGGGGCGGUAGAAGUACCAGUAAGGUGAGAACUGGGUCUACAAGGGAGUACUACGGAAAGAAUAAUGGUACUAACAAGGGGAACAAAAAUCACAGUUCCCCAAACCGGAACUACAAAGGUGGGAAUUCGAACAAUUAUGAUCGGAACCACAGCAAGAACGAACGCGAACAUCAACGCGAGGAUAUGAAUUAUAAUAACGGUGGCAAGACGACGCGCAACCGACCGAGCCAACGGGCGCCGCAGGAGUACGGGAAGGGCCAGGGCAAGACGCAGGCGCCGCGCGAGUACGGACACAAGGGAGGGGGAAGGAAAUAUAGCAACAAUUACAACGACGACAAGAACAUCAGUAACCGCGGCGGUGAACAUAAACGGGCGGGAAAGGCGCCGGCGGAAUAUCGGAGAUAUUAGAAUCAUUUGCAGGUUACAGAGAAAAAAGGCUUUUUCGAAAAUCCGGCGACCAAAUUCAAAUACUACUCAUAGUCGGAAAAUGAAACCCUCCGUUGACGUUGUAAAGUUAGUUUACAACUCGGAACAAGUAACGUGCGGGAGGACACAGGCCACAGCACAACAGCUUACCUAGUAAGAAAACAUAAGGACUUCCUUCGUUGUACACGUACUUUAUCAAGUACAUAGCAAGUGUUGACAUAACGAAACUCCCUCGGUUUUUACUUACCCGCCCCUGUUCGAGGCCAAUAUUAGAAUUGCACGAGCAAUAAACAGGCGCUUUUGUGUGUCUGCCAUGAACGGCAAACGCAAUCGAAGUCGGAAAGGACAAAGCCGUUCAUGCAACUACACUCGUUUCAAGAACAAAAAAACAGAAGAAGUGGCUCGCUCCGGUUAUUCAAAAAACCAAAAAAAAAUAAAGCGACGACCACCUUUUUUUAAUCUUUACAAAAUCAAAAAAAUGAUGAAAAUCCAAGAUUUGAUACCACGUCGCCCGAGUUGAUUGUGGAAUUAUUUACUACUCGCCCCUUCACACAAAUUACCCCAUUUAUUUUUUGAGCGCUCAGAAACAGAAGUGGCACAGCCACCUCAACUCGAACUUUUAGAAUGCUGGUUUGUCCUGUUUUUGUCGGCUUGGGUUUCUCGUCGGUCGUGUUGUGCAGUAACUAAUGAU